AUGCGGGCGUACUUUCUGGACGAUUCCAAAAGAGCCCCGAAGACAGUUGAAGAGUUCUACCUUCCCCAGGAGAAAACCGGCGUAAAGGGCCUCCUUGAGCAGCCCAUGAUCAUUUCGUACAAGAGCACCGACAAAGAAGAACUUGUCUCCAUCUUCCUACAGGAGGGACUGAAAUCUAUCUACCAGUUCGAAGAGUUCGCCUUCCUAAAGAAAUUCCUGAUGGGCGGCCAUGACAAGGCGUUCCUUUACCGUAGCGCGGCGCGCUACCUGGGGGUGGCCGAGUUGGCGCUGCCCAUCCACAUCUUCGAGGCACGCGGCCAAAAAGAAAACCUCUACGAGAAGUACGCUGACUCUGUGCCUUCGGUGCUCGUGCUCGACGAGUCGCACCUGCUAGACAGCAAGAACACGGACAAGCUGGUCGAGAUCGGCCAGUUUGCCUUCCAGUUUGACAGCGCCAAGAUCACCCAAGACCUUAUGACCGAAGCGGAGCCCAUCGAUCGCAAAGGUCGAGGACUCUGCGAAUCGAUCAUUUGCGGCAAAUAACCAAAGCGGCUAGAA